AUUACUUCCAGGAGAGGCAGCGGCUCACUAUUAGGAACUUUGCGUGCGACCUAUGGCACACAACUAGCAGGGUGGACAACUCCCUGACGACUUUUAUUAACCGCAACGGUGUAUGGAAAGUGCUCCUGGAUGGACCUGGGCGAAAACAGCUGGUCCAUGGUCAAGCGAGAAGUAUCCAGCAGCCCAGGGUCACCGGCUGAGCAGAGCUACCUGCCCGGUGACAGCAGGAGGGACGGUCCCACCUCGGAUGAGCUGAGGACUCCUCCGAGCGACCUUGACGCACUGGGGCACCGCCGCUCCGACGGCAGAUCACUACACUCCUACGUUCACUUCGGACACCACAACAACACCCUGACCACUGCCGAGGACAUCCCGCUGUUUACGGACUUAGACCAGGGCAGCAAACUCGUCCUUUCCAGCGGAGCGCACAAGGCGAGCUUGCUGGUGGACCCGGCCGACAUGUACCAAACACUGGCCAUCGCCGCCGCCCAGAGCCAGACUGGAUAUGAUUCCUCCUCUGGUGGUUAUAUGCACUCCAACCCCAACUCCCCCGUGUACGUCCCCAGCUCCCGGGUGGGCCCCAUGAUACCCAGCCUCUCUUACCUGCAGGCCAGCGGCUCUGCGCAGCCCAGCCACGCCGUCUCCAGCCACUCGGUCUGGUCGCAGUCCACGCCGGAGAGCCCGUCAUACAGCACCGGGAGUCCGCACACCUCCAGUCGGUUCCACUACCCACCAAGCCCUCCCAUGAAUAACGGGACGCCCAGGGACGCCGGCUACAGUAACACGCUGAAUGUGAGCAGCAGAGACCAGUACGGCCUCUCUCGGCCCCUCAGUGGGACCUACGCGAGUCCAUACUCUCCUUAUGUUGCGCCGCAGCUGUCCCAGCUGCCCUCGCCUUGGACCGGGGGACCUUUUGAUAACACGAUGCUGCACACCUUGCAGAGCAGAGGUGCGCCCUUGAUCCGAGGACCAAACGGAGUUUCAGAUAUUCUGGACGACAUGGGGGAGAGCAGAGAGUGCGUCAACUGCGGCUCCAUCUCGACGCCGCUGUGGAGGCGCGACGGCACGGGCCACUUUCUCUGCAACGCCUGCGGCCUUUACAGCAAAAUGAAUGGGCUGAGCCGGCCAUUAAUUAAACCCCAGAAACGGACGUCAACGUCCAGAAGGAUCGGCCUGUCCUGCGCGAACUGUCAGACCAGCACGACCACUCUGUGGCGCAGAAACGCGGAGGGAGAGCCGGUGUGUAACGCAUGUGGACUCUACACAAAAUUACACGGGGUACCUCGGCCGCUCGCCAUGAAGAAAGAGGGAAUCCAGACGAGGAAAAGAAAACCGAAAACCUUGAAUAAAACAAAGGGAUCGUCUGGAAAUAACAACUCUGUCUCUAUGACUCCCACAUCCACAUCUUCUUCCAAUUCUGAAGACUGCUCGAAAACCAGCUCUCCCUCCGGACAGGUGUCAGGGGUCAGCUCGUCUGUGCUGUCCAGCUCAGGGGAGGGAACAGGCUCCGGCUCAGCGGUGAAGUACCCGGGACAGGACGGCCUGUACACCAGCGUGGGCCUGUCCCAGCCAUCAGAUGUGUCUUCAGUGAGGGGUGAACCCUGGUGCCCCAUGGCCUUAGCUUGAACACCUUAAAUCUAUGGGAGGACAGCAAUCCCUGGCCCCUCUGUCUGGAUGCUAUGUAGUGUGGAAGUAUUCAGGGGGGGCAUUGUUUGCUUCUGUCCCUGCAGUUGAUGCAAGAAGGGUCGGACAGGCUGGGAAGAAGGGUGAGGCGACCUUCAGUCACACUGCAAGCUUGAGCCGAGCAUGGAAUAGCCGGGAUUGGUUUCCAGAUUGGUGUGGGGAUCUUGUUGCCUUAAGAAAACAAAGGGAAUCUCCAGGCCAGACGACCAAUCAGGUGGCCUGCUUUGGAUGGUUUCUGGACCUGCCAUGCACUCGAUAUCUCUCCCAUCCCCGUGGCGCAGAACCGCAUCGUGUUGCUUAAAAUAAAGCCAUCAUGUACAUAACGGAUUUCCUCUCCGAAGAAAAAGCUGUUGAUUGGAUACCACUGCUUCGUAAAGCGCUGUAUUCUUUAAGGACAUUUAGAUUUUUUUUCUUUUUCCACAACUGGAAUCACGCCACAAGUGCCGAGACAACUUUUAUGAAUCAAAAGAAAAAAAAAUAUUUAUAAAUCUUCCAUUGUUGAAAACAUGGCUAUGAUUGUUAAUAAAGAAUAUCAAUAUAGAGUAGAAGUUAAACCAUUCUGAUGUCUUCUUUUCUAAUGUUUUUUUCUGGUUGUUUUUGUAGUGCAGUAGUGUUGAAUCUGCACAUGUUUUCCACUGAAAGCUCUUACUGUAUUUGACUGAAACUAGUUUGGUUUAAACAGGGUAUAUUUCAUCUAGUGGUUUUGUUUAAUUAUUUACUGAGAAAUAAUCAACUCUUUCAGAGUAAUUUUUGACACUGAUUUGUGAAUGUUGUCAGCUGUUGGUUAGCAUUAAGGUACUUUUCUCAAAGCAGAGCUGCAAAAACACUUUUACAUGUAAAGCAGUUGGAUGGCUUGUUUGAACAAAGCGCACCCAGAAUAGCUGUGGACCCACUGACCUUUAUGUUACAAGACAUAAACUGCAGAAGAAGACUGUCGGCUGCACUACCUGACUCACUAUAAACUGUGUACCAUUCACAAAGCAAGUGCUGUUGCAUCAUUUCAUACCAAAAUCAGACCAAAGCGGAGAGUGAGGACACCUCUGAGCAAAUUCAUGUUACUUUGAUGACUCUGAUGUGAGGAGUGUAAUGGCCCAGGUAUUAAAGUGGACGGCUGAAGAAGGAAAUAAAAGAAACAGUUUAGAUUACAAUGCAAUAUGUUAAUUAAGAUUCACACCCUUUGUGGUAAAAACAGCUGCACAGGUGGCAGGCAGAAUCAAAGUUUGAGCAGUUAUGUUUGAUUUCUCUCACAGUUCAUCUCCAUGUCCUCCAGCAGUGGCGUGGACGGUGUCUUAAAAAAACAUUUCAGCCCACAAAACAAUCGUGGGACGAUUUAAACCUGAAUGACAUCUGAUGAGUUACAUGUGAAACUUGGCGUAAAGAUGGUUAUUUCUUAUUUUUAUUUUAAUUUUUUUCUUUCACUUUUGCUUCAUCACAAAAAAAAACAAAAACAAAAACAUGUCAUUCAUUCUUCUGGAUUUAUUUAUUUUUGAAACAUCAUGUUUAUUUUAGCAUCAUUUCUUUUGCUGUUGUUUUAUUUUCUAAGAAAUUAUUUUUAUUUAAAUUCAGUCC